GAGCUUGAUAUGCUGUGCAGAAUCCCGAACCAGCACGCGAUUCAAGUCCAGAUCUGGACCCUUUUGUGCGCGACUCAAAGCAGGGUUGCAACCUGGCGCCAUACCACGAGCAUGCCGCAGCGCGCCAGACCAUUGGCCUGCAGGCGUGGAUUAAUUAGCACAUGCAGGCACACGACGAACCGCGCCCCGCUGUGACGCUCGUACGUAGUUGUCCCGCAACCUGGCUUCGCGGGGUGCCUGUUUGUUUCAGAUACGUCAUCGACGAGCUGCCAUAACCUCUGGACGCCUGCGCGUUAUAAGGGCGCCCGCCUACGCUUUCACCUCGCGACACCCAAUUCCCACAAGAAUAACGCAAGCGAAUACAAUAUGGAGACUAUCAGCAACAUCGCGUCCACUGCGACGACCACUGUCUCGAACCUCAUCUAUGGAAGCCCAGAUGCCGCGAAGACCAACGAGACUGCCGGCAAGGAGCCCGUCUCCGGCGUGACUGGCAAGGGUACUGCCGAUGAGCCCUAUGAUCAGGGCAACUCUGAGUCCGCUCUUGAGAAGAACACCACUGCUGGCACAAGCACGACAGUAGAGCCCACUGGCUCCACUCAGUCGCCUGAGGACCUUCUCAAGGCCUACAAGAACGAGGCUGGCACGUCUACCUCAACUACCGCUGGCACAAGCAACACGGUUGAGCCCACCAGCUCCACCCAGAAACCCGAGGACCUCAUCAAGGCUUACAAGAGCGAGGCUACAGGUGUCGACGUUGUCAAGCCUUCGGGCACCGACCCCGUCGUUCCUGCGACUGGAUUUGGCGCACAAGACAGCAUUGACAGCUCCGGCAAGGACACGCUGUGGCGGGGCGUUGAUGCCUACAAGGACACUUCGUCCACAGAACCCGCCACCACUGCCAUCAAGCCCCUCGCCGGCGAGUCGACAACGAGCGGCCCCAAGGGCGCCGUCGACCCGGAGCCCAAGAACUACUCCAUUGGCGACCUGACCACGGGCAAGGAGACGCCUCCCAAGCCCGUCGGCGAGACCAGCGCUGCCACUGCCACUGCCACUACCACUACCGCCACUGAAUCAGACUCCAAGACUGGCAUUGUGGGUGAGCGGGCUGGCCACGGCGGUCCCGCGACGGCAAUUGAGGAGGACAAGAAGUCGUCGUCGGUGUCGCCUACGCGUGACGACGAUGAGAAGAGCGGCAAGAUGGACAAGCUCAAGGACAAGCUCAAGACGAAGCUCCACAUUGGCUCCAAGGACCACUAGACGUGAGGGAUGCACGGGCGAUGACGAGGAACGAACAUGAUACCACGGGAUGAGGCGCGAUAUGUAGGAUACCCUUUAGCAGUGCAUAAUGACUUGUUUGCAACGCUCCGCCCGAAUCGUGUCCAUGCUGAUACUUUGGGUGCAUGUUAAAUGACACGGACGCUGGCGCGGAGCAGCCCGGCCUGUGAUUGGCCCACGCCGCACUCCCUGCACCCACCCAGCCGAUCACGACCCCCUAGCCAUGCAACACCCAAAAUG